UGUCUUGUGCUUCGCCAUAGCUUUGAAUACUGAUCUUGGUUGGUAGCCAUGAUAUUAACUUUAUGUGCAGCUCCUGAAUGUAUUCCUCAAAUCCUUUAUCAAUCCACAGAAUCUGUUGAUGAUACUGUUCCUGCAAUGCUGAUGUAAGCAGGGGGAUGAUGCCAUGGAGACAGUAUAUUCCCAGUCGUCUGUGGUGACUGAGUCCCCUUCAACUCUGACUCUACGUGUAGUUAAGUUACUCCAUUCCAACUCCGCCUUCCUAAUCCUUGAGAGACGAGGAGGAAGGGGACUGUUGCAAACCCGUUUCUAUGGCCACGCAGCAGCAGGCAGAGCUGUUUGUGUAGCUGGGAACCUGCUGCAUCAGCUGCUGCACGGAUUGAACUGAAUUUGAAGAAUGAAGUCUGGCGUAAUGCGUUUGGUUCCCCCAGUGAGUAGGGACAGAAUAAUCUCCCAGUUUCCCAAGUGGUACACACCUGAGGCCUGCCUGCAGUUCAAAGAACACUUCCAUGCACAGGUCAGAACUGCCUGUCAGCAGAGUGCUGGAACAGCUGGGCUGAAGCUAUCCAAGGUGGUUGUGGUAGGAGACCUGUAUGUCGGGAAAACCAGCCUCAUCAAUAGAUUUUGUAAAGAUAAUUUUGACCGAGACUACAAGGCAACCAUUGGAGUGGAUUUUGAAAUUGAACGUUUUGAAAUAGUUGGAGUACCAUACAAUCUCCAGAUAUGGGACACAGCAGGUCAGGAAAAGUUCAAGUGCAUUGCAUCUGCUUACUACCGAGGAGCAGAGGUUAUAAUAACAGUGUUUGAUCUGGCUGAUAUCCAGACUUUGGAUCACACGAAACAGUGGCUGGAAGAUGCAUUGAGGGAGAACGAGCCAGAUUCCAGCUUCAUCUUUCUGGUUGGAACAAAAAAAGAUUUGGUGUCAGAUGCUGUGUGUGAAAGGACAGAACUAGACGCCAUCCGCUUUGCCAAUGAAAUGCAGGCAGAAUACUGGUCGGUUUCAGCCAAAACAGGGGAAAAUGUCAAAGAAUUCUUCUCCCGAGUUGCUGCUUUGGCCUUUGAACAGUCCAUGAUAAAGGAGCUGGAGAAGACCAGUGGGCACAUGGCCCAAAUUGGGGCAGGAAGCCUCAUUAAACUGGAAAAGAACUUGAUGGAAAUCCCAGAAGGCAAUAAUCAAGCCAGCCUGAGUUGCUGCUAGCUGACUUCUGCAAGUGCCACGCUUCUAGGUACCCCAGCAUAGCACACCUGCAACAAUGAAAGCUCUCAAACCAAAAUAGAAAGUUGUAUUUCAGGAAAUGAGGAAGGAAAAACUGAUCCAAACUUUCUUUCUGAGACUCUUGCUGCUGUAGGCUCACUUAUGCUGGAUGGUGCAAUUGUUACCUAAACCUUUAUAUAGUGGAAACAUGACAUCCUUGUCUUAAUGCAAGAAGACAUUGCCAGGGCCUUGUGUUCAUCUGUCUGAUAGAUACACUUACAGUAAAAGUUCUGUAAUCUUCGUGUGCUGUUUUUGGAUAAUUUUCUAGAAAUCUUGGAUAGUGAAGUGCAAAUCCUAUGGGAGCAGAAAACAAAUGGCAGGUCAGAGUAAAGGGUGCCAUCCAUAGGGUUUUGCCUUUUAAAACAAGAUCAGAUCAUUGCAUAAAGUUACUCUGAAUUGCUUUUAGGCUCUCCAAAUAUAUUAAGAUUGUUCCAAAAGAAUUGUUUUUUAAUAAGGAACAGUUAUGGGAGCCACAGAAAUGCAGACAGCAUAGUUUUCAUAGUGAUACCUCCAUCCAGGAAAAAUCUGGGGUUUUUUUGCCUUUUCCACUUGAAAAUCAGAGCCCAGUAUUCAAAUAUUUCCAGGCUUGCGAGAAGUCCAGACAUGAACUUUGUUGUCUAAUAUUUUGAAGGUUAGAGCUUUUUUGUUUGUUUGUUUUUUAAUGUAGGUAGGUGGAAGUAUGUAAGAUGCUACCGAAUAGGAAUGCUAUUGUUUUCUGGUCUCCUGAAUAAGAAAUAAUGGUCACAUAAGUGCAUGGCAGAGAAGAACUAAACUUCAUGUAUUUCAUCUUCCAAGGAGGAUGCAGAAUCCUUCUCUAUACUUUGAUGUUCAUGAAGCUUAUCUACACUGCAGUUCUAGCUUGUUGCUGAGAAUUACUGACAUCUUAUUCUAACUACAUUUUUUGUUUGUAGUAUAAUGUGGCGUGAUUCUGGAACCAUGCUACAGUCUCGGUCAUAAACUUGUUCGUGCCUGUCUGUGGUAGGAACUCUGAGCCGGUAAGGUUAGAUUCAAAAUUGUUGCUAAAGUAGUAGUCACUUUAUCUGCUCUUACUGGACACGAUCAUUUGAUAACUUGAUUCUGGGAGCAAUUUGCUCCACACCUUAAUGGAAACAAUAAUAGUAGAGAGAUAGUUUUGCUAUUUUGUGAAAGACUUUAAAACUGUGUGUGGGUUUAGAGGGAUAGGAAAAGAUGGAGUUCUCCAAAGUAGACACAUACGCUUGUUAAGUCCUAAUGGAUUUGCCAUAUGAAGAUGUUGUUACUGAAUGUUUAUUGUAGAACCUUCUGUCUGGACAUACUGCUGCAACUUAGUAUGCUGGCUCCGUCAAAAAAACAUUGCCCCAGUUUUACCUACUCAAGUAUCUUUUUGACAUAACCUUGUAUAGUUCUUUAGAAAUUCCAAUCAUUGUUUAAUGGAGAGAGUUUAGCUCUUAGUACCAUUGAAUUUCAUGUAAGUAAAACAGCUUUACAUCACUCCUCUGCUGUUUGGGCAACAGUGAGUGAUGACAGAAGACACUGCUGUUUUAAAAGUCAUACCUGCUGAUUGAAUGGCAAAUGACAUUGCCAGAAAUUACUGUAAUAAAUAUACAAUCAGUAUUUGUGAGGAUAAUUGAUUUUGAUAAUUAAAUUUCAAGUGUGAAAGUACAAAAGAAGUGGAAAGAAAGUACUGGAAAAAUCAGACAGAGGGAAAUAAAAUGAGUGUUAUCUCACUGACUUUUACUAUUCAGUUCUGAGUGCCUAGUUGAUGGUGUUCCUCUAAAAGUCAUGGGACUGUAAAACUUCCACUUGCACUAAACCAUACAAAUUACUAUAAACACUCUAAUUAAAUGAAAGAGUUAUUAAAAGAAUCAAAGUGGGACAACAUAAAGACUGCCUCUUUAGAAGUCUUUACAUUAGCCGUUUAUAACUCUAUAGUUCUAAAACUCAAAUCCAGCAUUAUUUGUUAUGAUGGCAUAAACAAGAGUGGAUCAUCUUUUAUGAUGCUCUAAAUUGCAUACUGCAACUAUUUUAAAUGGAGAGAAAGAAGAAAAUCUCUGUACAGUUAUGUUACCAUUUCCUCAGAUGUUCAUUCAAGCAUUACAGAAACCUCAGUAUCUAGAGAACUGAUUAUAACACGACCUGUCAGAUUUGAGCUGCUGAGAAAAUAAAAAAGGUCGUAGACAUUUGUUAAUAGAUCUACAUAUCAAACUGAAAAUGUUCUAGAUUCUCAGCCAUUUUCUCCCCCAAACUGUUUAAUCAGAAAUAGAAAAAAGUGGGGAAAUGAUGCUUUAAACAUCCCUUUUAUUACUUUUAUUUUCAUUUGACUUAUGAUGUAAAUUUGAACAGCUUCAUAGACUAUAAUGAAUACAGAUCUUCUAGGAACUCUGUGUCUUUAUCGGACAAUCUUCUCUUUGGCAAUUGUGCUAAUUCUGUUGGCAAAGACACAAAUGUGGCAUUUGGUGGAGAAGAUGAAUAUGUGUGGGUAUGUAAGGAGUUAUGUGUAAUAUUUUGACCUUACGAUGUUCUAUGUAUUUGUUCAUCUCAAAUCUGUUUCACAAGGAUGACGAAUAUACACUCCCCUUGUACCAUGCUUUCCACUGAGUGGGCAGCAUAGCCACGGUCUUUGUGUUUACUGAGUUUGAAUGAGUGAGUAGAAAAGAUGUUUCACUCUACUGCAGCAUAUCGUGUACAUGUAUAAAACAUUUUGCGUUUGUAUAAUGCUUUUCAGAAGCAAUUUUUCAAGCAUGCUGUAACCACGUAAGCACUGCUGACUACUGUGCUGCAGAUGAGUACUGCUAACCUCAGUUUAUAGCUACAUAAACGGAAGCUCAUGAAGGUAGUAUUUCUGAUUUUUUGAAUAAGGGCUUUAUUUCUCAUAAGGAAAACUUUAUUUCUGAAGCAAUUUGAAACUCAGAAUUUUGUAUCUGGUUUUCAUCCCUUUUUUCCCAAUUCUUUUCCUAGGUGAAAUUAAAGACUUACCUUAUCGUAGGAAGAAAUUAUUCUUAAAUCAGGCUUCAAGGCUGUGCCUGUACUACCUAUGAUGAAUAGGCCAGAGUCUGGACUUCAGCCCAAAUUUUCCUUGCAUGCAUGCACUUUGGGCACACCUCAAACGUAUCAGAGGAAAAAACUUGGAUACACACUACCAGUUAGAUGUCAUCCCAGCCACAAUAUUCCCCUUGAAGGGGGGACAGGUUCAGCACGGCUGUGGCAGUGCUUGCUCAGCUGAACCUUCACCACCUACGCCCAUAGCGCAUUCUGGCAAGUGCUCAUGGCAGACAAGCUGGGCUGUCUCUUUGCUGGAAGGGUUGGUAAGGGUCCUGGUUGCCAAAGGUGGGUUUUACAGGAUAGCAUGCCUAAUACUGUUGCCUAUGCUAGGUGCUAUACUUCAGUGCAAAGAAAGUGUCAGUGCCUACAACUGCAAAAUGACUCGGUAACAAAUCUAAGAAAAGACAUCAGGAUUCCAGGAUAUAUUUUUUUUUCAAAAAAUUUCCCGAAGAUGUUGCUUUUGUUACUGAGCUCUAUUCCCAUACAAAAUCAUGGGGAUGCAAUCUCUUCAGCAAUGCAAUCACGUUGCUUGGAAAAUCAAAUGCAACAGUUUUUUUCUAGUAAAGAGAAGUUUACAACUGCUAGAAUGCCAGAUGUUGCAGGAAAGGCAGUUCCCUUUUUAUAUAUGGGGAAUCCUAAACUUUGAAGGAAACAGUUAUUUUUAUUUUCUGUUAAGAAAUACAAUUCAGUACAUUGCUUGAUGUCAUUACUGGUUUGUAUGUUUUGUAGUUCCAAAAAUUUCAUGCAUAAAAGUGAUGGCAUAAAAAAGCUUGUUGGUCCAUAACUACCACUUGGAAAUGGUCUGACUCCAUCCAGUCUAUGAUGGAUGCUGUGAGGCUAUGUUUUUUAAGCCCCACUGAGACUUCCCCAGCAAAAAGCUCAGUAUUAAUAAUUGAUCAUCUAAAAUGAAUCUUAGAUCAUGUUACAACUGAUGAAUUACUUAGGAAAGCACAAAGGAAAGUCUCUAACUUUGGCAGAAAGAUAAACAUACUAUUACUUUGCAAGUUCUUAAAUGUUUAUAUCUAUCUGCUGUGUGUUUUAUUUGUGCAUGUUUAUCCAUUCUAUCAGCCACUCCAUUUGCUGUGAAGAAGCCUUAAUAUUUGGAAAGCAAUGUCAGAAUAACUGUACUAAAUCUAGACAUAGGCUAAAACACAAUUUUCAUGCCAGUUGUUGAAGUCCUCACAGUACUCAUGGCAACAGUUUCAUUGCCAGCUUCCUUGGGGAAUUUGCUGCUGAGAAAUUGGAGAAGGUAAAAUUCAGAGAUACUCUGAAGCAAAGUUAAAGGGCAAGUGUAAUAAUCUCCCGAAAGAAGUAGUAAUGUUAUGCUGUUUCCUGUCUUAAUAAGUAGAAGCUAAUGUGCUUAAUGAGUUCCUAUUUAAGUAAGUAUGUAUAUCUUAUGGAACAAAACACCUGGUAACGGAUCAAAAGACAUUUAAGAAACAGUCAACUGGCAGGUGAAAUUAAUUUUUACUAUAAAAGCCUUUCUUUUUUUAA